AUGUGCUUCGCUCAAACUGGUGACCUGAAGAGGCACCAGAGGGUUCACACAGGGGAGAAACCCUACAGCUGCCCCCAGUGUGAGAAGAGGUUCUCGCGCAAGCACCAGCUGAAUAGGCACCUGAAGGUUCAUACGGGAGAGAGGCCAUUCGCCUGUACGCAAUGCAGGAAGAGGUUCUCAGAGAGGAGCAACCUCAGGAUACACCAGCAGAAAGACCAUUCCACUCUAUCUGCAGAUGCAGAGGCUGCAGGUCCUGRAGGAUCGUCUCUGGUCAAGCAGGAGAGGACUGAAGGAGACSACCCACAACACAGCAGAGACAUCCAGACUGGAGCAGCGUYUAGAGCGCCCCCUGUAGCCACGGAGGACCUCACCGCCCAGCCCAGGAUCCGACACAGCAUCACGGAGGUCAGUGGAACGCAGAACGCCRUCCUCAAGUCAGAGACCGACACAAAGACUUUAACUUCUGCAGAGGCUGCAGGUCCUGGUGUCAAGCAGGGUAGGACUGAAGUAGAGGACGCACAACACAGCAGAGACAUUCAGACUGGAGUGACUGGAGCACCCCCUGUAGCCACGGAGGACCCCACCACCGUCGCUCGACGAAGCAUCACGGAGGUCAGUGGAACACUGAACGCCGUCCUCAAGGAUCGUGUCCCAGUGUCCACGACGAUGGCACCUUCCAAAUCACUCGGCUACGUCCUUUUCGAUCAGGUAUUGAACUCAAACGACCAAAGAGCCAAGGCUUGGGGAGGGGGAGCAACAUCAGGCAAUAGUAAAGAGAAACGGUUCCUCUGCAUGUUCUGUAACAAAGGCUUCAGCAGCCCCCAGAAAGUGGAGAUCCAUCAGAGGGUCCACACAGGGGAGAAACCCUACAGCUGUACCCAGUGCCACAUGUGCUUUGCCCAGGCUGGUCACCUGAAGAGGCACCAGAUGGUCCACACAGGGGAGAAACCCUACAGCUGCCCCCAGUGUGAGAAGAGGUUCUCCCGCCAGGAACAGCUGAAGAUGCACCUGAAGAGGAUGCACACAGGGGAGAAACCAUUCGGGUGCCAACUGUGCCGGGCCAGUUUUUCACAAUCAUCCAGCCUGAACAGGCACCAGAGAGUCCACACAGGGGAGAAACCCUACAGCUGUCCCCAGUGUGAGAAGAGGUUCUCCCACCAGCACCAUUUGAAGGUGCACCUGAAGAUCCACACGGGAGAGAGGCCAUUCGCCUGUACGCACUGCGGGAAGAGGUUCUCAGAGAGGAGAUAUCUCAGGAUACACCAGCAGCAAAUGCACACGGCCCAUGUUGCAGGUCCUGGGGUCAAGCUGGAGAGGUCUGAAGGAGAGGAGGACCCACAGCACAGCAGAGACAUCCAGACUGGAGAAGCGGCUGGAGUGGCAUCCCCUGUAGCCACAGAGGACCUCACCGCACCACAGCCCAGGGCCCAACGCAGCAUCACGGAGGUCAGUGGAUCGCCGAACGCCGUCCUCAAGUCAGAGCCAGACACAAAGACUUUAACUGUAACACAAAGGCUUUUACACACAGGAUCUGACCACAGGUCAGAACCAGAGGGGCUGAGGAGACUGGGCUGUCCUCCUGCUCCUGGCUCAGAGUAUUUACUUUACGAUAACCUGAGCUCGAGGGCGGUUCAAGUUAAUUCCCAUCGAGAUUCAGGUGACGUGUUAGAGGCUUGCAGUGAGCUGUCUUGUUCUUACGCUACAGAAAUGGACCCUGGCAACAUAUCCUUGAGUUUAGAGAGACAGGCUGAUCUGUCCAGAGAGGACUGGAACCAUUACAGUAGUAGUGUGUACUCUGAAGGGUGCCUAGAUAAGAAAGGGGAGGUUAUAGUGGUAGAUGAGGUGACUGUGAAAGUGGAGGGUGACGCUCCUCCCACAUGUAAUGUGGAUGAGACUCACUUAGGAGAAGGACACUCAGAAGGCAGAGAUUUCUUAGACUACAGGGGAAGCUUAGAGACAAAUCUAAAUGUCACGAYCCACUCCCCUUUACACACGCUCAGGGAUCGAGACCUAGUAUCCACGUCAAUGGGGCCUUCCAAUUCACACGGCCGUGUCCUUUUCGAUCAGGUAUUGAACUUAAACGACAGGGCUAGAGCCCAGGCUCAGGGAGGGGGAGCUACAUCAGGUAAUAGUAAAGAGAAACGGUUCCUCUGCAUGUUCUGUAACAAAGGCUUCAGCUGCAUCCAGAAGGUGGAGAUCCACCAGAGGGUCCACACAGGGGAGAAACCCUUCAGCUGUACCCAGUGUCACAUGCGCUUCACCCAGGCUGGUGACUUGAAGAGGCACCAGAGGGUUCACACAGGAGAGAAACCCUUCAGCUGUACUCAGUGUCAGAUGCGCUUCUCCCACUCGUCCAGCCUUAAGAGGCACCAGAGGGUCCACACGGGAAAACCCUAAAGCUACCCUCAGUGUCAGAAAAGGUUCACCCACUAGAACCAGCUAAAGGUGCAUCUGAAGGUCCACACGGGAAAAAGGCUGUUCGCCUGUACUCACUGCGGGAAGAGGUUCUCAGAGAGGAGCUACCUCAGGAUACACCAGCAGAAAAAACAUUCCCACAGUCUCACUGAGUCAGUAGACAUGGAGGAUGGGAAGCCUGAUCUGCUGCUAGUCAAAGAGGAGACAAUAGAAGAUGGACCAGAGAGUAUUGACCUGCUGAGUGGACUAAAGAUGGGGGAGCAAGGUGGUUGGCUGGAGGCUAACAGAGGAGACUGGGUGGCCAUCUUGGAUUCCCAGACCCAGACGGGUGCAACCAAGGGCCCAGGGGACAAUGUCACUGAGCAGGCCGGGACUAGAGGCGACAUAGUUGAGGUCAGUGGAUGGGACAGCGUCCUCAACUAUGGGCUGGGGAACAACACUGUUAACCACAACCAGAAACAAACAGUCGAACACAAAACAACAACUGAACUUAGUCUCCAUGACAACAGACUGGCUGAGACCAGAGCGAGGCGUAGAUUUGGUCUGCGGGGACGGGGAGGUGUCCGUAUGAGAACAGACRCUGACUCGGCUAGCAAUGCUCCGUCCUGCUCCUAUAGUUGUGAUUCAGAGAGACUGAUGGUGCCUCAGGUUAACCCCCUAACAGGUGCUGCCUUCAGCCUGCCUUCUAUAGGAUCUAUCAACUGGAACAUGGACCCUGCGAUAACUCAGACACUACCUGGCCUUCAUUCUCCUCACACUAUCCUGUUAAACCAGACCUCAGACAAUGCCAGUGCCUCAACACUAAAUGGCUACACAAGCCCAUUGACAAAUGACAGUAGUAGUAACGCUAUCAGUAGAUCCGGUGGCAGAGAGAAGCGCUUCCCAUGUUCAUUCUGUGGGAAAGCCUUCAGUUUCCCCAAACAGAUGGAGAUCCACCAGAGGAUGCACACAGGGGAGAAACCAUUCGGCUGCCACCUGUGCCGGGCUAGUUUCUCCCAAUCGUCCAACCUGAAGAGGCACCAGAGGGUCCACACAGGGGAGAAACCCUACAGCUGUCCCCAGUGUGAGAAGAGGUUCUCACGCCAGCACGAUCUGAAGAUGCACCUGAAGUACAGGAGCUUUGUGAAGCCAGCGGGACACAAUACAUGGAGAGAUGACCAACCAAUCACUGUUGAUGAGGGGAGUGAAACCUCAAGCCAGCACGUAAUCGUGAUAGAGUCUGAAGAUGUAGAGGCUGCAGGUCCUGGAGAAUCGUCUCUGGUCAAGCAGGAGGGGUCUGAAGGAGAAGAGGACCCAUGGCACAGCAGAGACAUCCAGACUGGAGCAGCAUCUGGAGUGCCCCCUGUAGCCACGGAGGACCCCACAUCACCUACCCAGUCCAGGAUCCGACCGCGCAUCACGGAGGUCAGUGGAAUGCCGAACUCCGCCCUCAAGUCAGAGACCGAUACCAAGACAUUAACUGAAACACACAGGCUAUUACACACAGGAACUGACCGCAGAUCAGACCCAGAGAGACUGUUAACGGUAUUUCACCAGAGCCAGAAGAUGGUUCAUUCCCGUGAAGAUGGUAAUGCGUUAGAAACUGCCGUUGAGGAUCCGUCUUGUUCUUACUCUACAGAGAUGGACCCUGGCAAUAUAUCCUUGGGAUUAGAGACGCAAACUAAUCUGUCUAGAGGGGACUGGAACCGGUACAGUAGUAGUGUGUUCUCUGAAGGGUGCCUAGAUAAGAAAGGGGAGGUUAUAGUCAUUGAUGAAGUGACUGUGAAAGUGGAGGGUGACGCUCCUCCCACAUGGAAUGUGGAUAGUCACCUAGGUGACGGACACUCACAAGGCAGAGACUUCUUAGAUUACAGGGAAAGCUUAGAGACAAUUCCAAAUGACGUGACCCACUCCCCUUUACACACGCUCAGGGAUCGGGACCCAGUGUCCACAUCGAUGGGACCUUCCGAUUCACACAACCUUUUCGAUCAGGUAUUGAACUCAAACGACAGCGCUAGAGCCCAGGCUCAGGGAGGGGGAGCAACAUCAGACAGUAGUAAAGAGAAACGGUUCCUCUGCAUGUUCUGUAGCAAAGGCUUCAGCUGUCCUCAAAAGGUGGAGAUUCACCAGAGAUUCCACACAGGGGUGAAACCCUUCAGCUGUAACCAGUGUCACAUGUGCUUUGCCCAGUCUGGUGACCUGAAGAGGCACCAGAGRGUCCACACAGGGGAGAAACCCUACAGCUGCCCACAGUGUGAGAAGAGGUUCUCCCGCCUGGACAAGCUGAAGAUGCACCUGAAGUCUUCAGAUGCAGAGGCUGCACAUUCUGGGGUCAAGCAGGAGAGGACUGAAGGAGAGGAGGACCUACAGCAAAGCAGAGACAUCCAGACUGGAUYGACUGGAGCACCCCCUGUAGCCACRGAGGACACCGCCCCAGCGCAGUCCAGUACCCGACACAGCAUCACAGAGGUCUGUGGAACGCCAAACGCUGUCCUCAAGUCAGAGACGGACACUGAGACUUUAAAUGCUGGUGACCUGAAGAGGCACCAGAGGGUCCAUACAGGAGAGAAACCCUACAGCUGCCCCAAGUGUGAGAAGAGGUUCUCCCAUCAGCACCAUCUGACGAUGCACUUGAAGAUCCACACUGAAGUGAGGCCGUUUGCCUGUACGCACUGCGGGAAGAGGUUCUCAGAGAGGAGCUACCUCAGGAUACACCAGGAGAAAACCAUUCCACACUAUAACAUAGAAAGUAACCAUUCGACUCGAUAUCAGUCUGCAGAUGGAGAGGCUGCAGGUCCUGGAGAAUCGUCUCUGGUAAAGCAGGAGAGGACUGAAGGAGAGGACCCACAACAAAUCAGAAACAUCCAGACUGGAGUAGCGGCUGGAGUGGUGCYCCCUGGAGCCACAAAGGACCUCACCGCCUCGCCCCAGCCCAGGACAAAACRCAACAUCACAGAGAACAGUGGAACAAUGAACGAGGUCCUCAAGCUUCAGCUGCUCCCAGAAGUUGGAGAUCCACCAGAGGGUCCACACAGGGAUGGAAACCUUCAGCUGUACCCAGGUCAUAUGCGCGGUCGUCACUCGUCCAGCCGUAAGAGGCCACCAGAGGUCCACACAGGGGUGAAACCAUUCAGCUGUACCACGUUCACAUGCUCUUCGCCCAGGCUGGGUGACUGUGAAAGGCACCAGAGGGUCCACACAGGCGAAAAACCCUACAGGCUGUACCAGUGUCACAUGCGUUCGCCCAGGCGGCAACCUGAAGAUGCACCUGAAGGUCCACCACGGGAGAACCGGGGCGGGGGCGCUUCGCCUGCAGAGGGUCCAGAGGUGGUGCUGGUGAAGGAGGAAGAGAUGAUACCUGSUGACRUGCCUGUGGGCUUAGAUAYACAGACUAAUYCAAUGAGAGGAGACUGGAACCAGUACAGUAGUAGUGGAUACUCUGAAGGGUGCCURGAUAAGAAAGGGGAGAGCCUGGUYGUAGAUGAGGUGACUGUGAAAGUGGAGGAUGACGCUCUUCUGACAUGGAAUGCAGACCAGACUCACUUAGGACACUCGCAGGGAAACACCGGUGACUUCUUAGACUACAGGGAAAGCUUCGAGACAAAUCUUAAUGUGGCGACCCACUCACCUUUACAYGCACUCAGGGAUCGCGACCCAGUGUCUACAUCGAUGGCACCAUCUGAUUCACACAGCAGCGUCCUUUUCGAUCAGCAAUUGAACUCAAAGGUCCAAAGGGCCAAGGCUCAGGGAGGGGGAGCAACAACAGACGGUAAAGAGAAGCGGUUCCUCUGCAUGUUCUGUAACAAAGGCUUCAGCUGCCCYCAGAAGGUGGAGACCCACCAGAGGACAGGGGAGAAACCCUACAGCUGCCCCCAGUGUGAGAAGAGGUUCUCCCACCAGCACCAUCUGAAGAUGCACCUGAAUGUCCAUACGGGAGAAAGACCAUUUGCCUGUACGCACUGCGGAAAGAGGUUCUCAGAGAGGAGCUACCUCAGGAUACAUCAGCAGAAAAACCAUUCCACUCUAUAACAUAGAAAGUAACCAUUCCACUCGAUAGCUUCUGACAUUUAGAUCAACCCCUGCAUUACAGACAAAGAUGAAUUUUCAGUGUCAGCAGAAAAGAUCCACAGAUGCCUUUGGAAUAACGAGAGUAACAGAUUUCAGUGUUAAAUAUUCCUGGGUAGAAUAUUGUAUCCAGAUAUUGUGUGAUAUAUAAGCCUGAAAGGUUUGUACUGUGUAGGUUAUAUGAUGUUCACAAAUGUCUAUUUAUUUGCUUCCAUUCAACUACUUACACUGAACAAAAAUAUAAAGGCAACAAUUUCAAAGAUUUUACAGAGUUACAGGUCAUAUGUCAAUUUAAAUAGAUAAAUGAAUUAGGCCCUAAUCUAUGGACUUCAUAUGACUGGGCAGGGGCGCAGCCAUGGAUGGGCCUGAGAGGGCA